AGUGGAUAGGCAAUCAAAGCAUGAGCGAACAGUCGCGGCAAGUGUGAUUUGAAAUUGCCGGCGCAAAUGAAGCAGCAACGAGUUAUGAAAUGAGGGGAGUGCGUACAACAAAAAAGUUGUAUUUGCCGCAGCAGACGUUGAAUUUGAACGACUUCAUACAACGUCACGAACAAUUGGCAAAUAUACCAAUCGCCGAUUACAAUAAUGCAGUGCCGCAAAUACUUAUUGGAUUGUCGCAUACAGAGUUAAUACGAACAAUAAAAACUGUGAAUUUGGACGAUGGCUUUGCAAUCCACAAGACAAUGUUAGGGUGGACAUUAUUUGGAUCGAACGAAUAUCGUUCGAGUGAGGGUACUAUUGGUCACGUCGAUAUUGAAAGCACACAAUUAAACGAAAUUAAUUUACAAAUUACAGAAUAUUUUGCAGCAGAAAAAUUUGAAAUAAAGCAAUUGCCAAGCGUUCGUUUAGAAGCCGAUAUUAGGGCGGAAAAGUUAUUAAACGAGACGACAAGGUUUGUAAAUAAUAAUAGAUAUGAAACCGGCUUGCUUUGGCAUAAAGAUAAAGUGAAAUUUCCCGAAAGUUUCAGUAUGGCCAUGAAGCGCUUAGAGCAAAUUGAAAUGAAAAUGGAACGGGAAAAAGACUACGGGGAAUGGUAUAAAGCAAAAAUCAACGAGUACAUCGAAAAGGAAUACGCAAAGCGACUUUCACCCGAUGAAGCUAAUGUAAAUGCUGAUCGCACAUGGUAUUUACCACAUUUCGCCACAUGUAAUGUAAACAAAGGAAACAAACGUAGACUCGUUUUCGAUGCCGCAGCAAAAAUAAAUAAUAUGUCGUUGAAUUGUGCCCUUAUGAAAGGACCGGAGGAGUAUCAACCAAAAUCGCUGUUGGCAAUAUUGUGUAAGUUUAGACAAGGCAAAUUUGCAGUAUGUGGUGACAUAUGUGAGAUGUUUCACCGGAUUUUGAUUCGCCACGAAGAUCAAAACGCGCAGCGCUUUCUUUGGAGAGGGGGCGAUCGAUCAAAGCCGCCAGAUGUUUACGUUAUGCGCGCCAUGAUAUUUGGAUCAAUUAGCUCACCAUGUUCUGCACAAUUUGUAAAAAACGUGCACGCAGAAAAAUAUCGUGAUGUAAAUGCAAGAGCCGUCAAUGCCAUUGUGGAUCGGCACUAUGUCGACGACUAUAUGGACAGUUUCGAUACUGUCGAAGAAUGCAUUAAGGUUACCAAGGAUGUCAUCGAUAUCCAUAGCCACGCCGGGUUCCAGUUAAGAGGGUUGACGUCAAAUUCGUACGACAUUCUGCAAGCUGUAUUACACAACGAGCAGCCGUGUAAGCAACAAAGAAAUUAUAUAUGCCAAGGGGAGAGUGCUACCGAGAAGGUGCUUGGAAUGCACUGGAACCCAAACAAAGAUUACUUUUUCUUCAAAUUGCUGUUUUCAAAAGUGCCCAAAGCAGUUUUAGACUGUAGUAGACGGCCAACGAAAGGUGAGAUGCUGAGCGUUACUAUGUCUAUAUUUGAUCCGCUAGGUUUCGCGUGUGGGUUGGUGCUGCGGGCAAAAGUUUUGAUGCAGAGCCUGUGGACCAGGAGUAUAGAUUGGCAUGAGCCAAUCCCCGAAGACAUUUAUAAGAAGUGGUUGCAGUGGUACAAAACGUUGAAUACCAUCGAAAAUUUUAAAAUGCCAAGAUGUUAUGGCAUACAAUUUUUGAAUCCGAAUGCCGAUAUACAGCUACAUAUUUUUGUUGAUGCGAGUGAGAUCGCAUUUGCUGCCAUCGCCUUUUGGCGAAUUCAUCACGCAAAUAAUACAGACAUCGUAUUCGUUGCUGGCCGAUCCCGGUGCAGCCCGCUGAAGCCAUUGUCCAUUCCGAGACUUGAGUUACAAGCAGCCGUCUUGGGAAUAAAGUUGAGGGAAGCUGUCAUCAACAGCCAUGACGUACAGCCGCGUGAGUCAACAUUUUGGUCAGAUUCAAAAAUAGUUCUUCAGUGGAUAAGGUCUGACGCCAGGUGCUACAAGCAGUUCGUGGCACACCGUAUAGCUGAGAUCCUGCAAACAUCCGAAGCCAGUCAGUGGAGGUGGGUACCAGGUAAAGAAAACCCAGCUGAUGAUGCUACACGCAUAAAAACCUUUUCUCAAAAUGGUAAGUGGUUAAAUGGUCCGCCUUUUUUGAAAUUGCCUGAGCAUAGUUGGCCAGCCAUGCCAACCGAAUUUGAUAAUAGCGAAUGCCAAGAGGAGAGACGCUCCAAGCAAAUAUAUACGAUAUCGUCAGCGGAUAGAGUAAUUCCAUUUAAUAAGUAUUCAAAUUACUAUAAACUUUUAAGGGUGAUGACAUGGGUACGAUAUGCCAUAAUGAAAUUCCGUAAGGUUGAUGUACGUAGAAACGUAUAUGCAUCAAAGUUAAUUAUUGCGAAUGAGAUCAAACAAACUGAAUUACUGAUAUGCCUAUUAGUACAACAAGAUGUUUUUGCUGACGAAGUUGAAUCUUUACGCAAAGGUGCGCCAAUUACGAAAUGCAGCUCUAUAUUUAAGCUAAGCCCGAUGUUGGACAAUGAGGGCCUUAUACGACUAGGGGGUCGGAUAGACUAUGCCGAAUGCGUACCAAUGUCAACAAAGCGACCAAUAAUAUUGCCAAGGAGUCAUCCUAUAUCACGUCUUGUAGCUAAGCAUUAUCACGAACUUUUUCAUCACCACAACUUUGAGUCAGCGUUGUGCGCCAUACGUCGAAAGUUUUGGAUUCCUAGUGCGCGCCGAUUAUUGAGGUCAAUUAAAGCUAAAUGCCAGAAAUGUAAAAAUUUAUCCGCUAUUCCCGAAUCACCACUUAUGGGCCAAGUACCAAGCGAUCGAGUUACGCCGUUCGUUCGUCCGUUCACAUAUUCAGGCGUUGACUACUUUGGGCCUGUCUUAGUAGCCAUAGGCCGUCGUCAAGAAAAACGUUGGGUUGCACUUUUCACGUGUCUAACUAUUAGAGCCAUUCACCUGGAACUAGCUAGGGACCUAUCAACAGAUGCUGCCAUAAUUGUCUGCCGUAACUUUAUAAACAGAAGAGGUGUACCGGUACGGCUCCGAAGCGACAUGGGGACAAAUUUUGUCGGCGCAAGCAAAGAAGAUUGGGUGAACGUUCAAAGCGGUAUGCAAUCGGAGUGUGAUCUUCGAGGUGUAGAGUGGGUUUUCAAUGCACCUGCCAAUCCAUCUGCCGGGGGCAUAUGGGAAAGAAUGGUAAGAAGCGUAAAACGAGUUUUGAUGUUCACGCUGAAGGAACGAGCGCCACAGUUGGAGACCCUGCAAAGUCUUCUGAUUGAAGCAGAAAAUUUAAUAAAUUCGCGUCCAUUAACACAUGUGCCGGUAGAGAGUACCGACGCCGAGCCUCUGUCACCCAAUCAUUUCUUGCUAGGCUGCGCGAAUGAUGUACAAACUCCACCGCUGUCAGAGAAGAUAUGUUUACGCAAGCAGUGGCACAUAGCGCAGCAGCUGAAGCAGACUUUCUGGAAGAGGUGGAUAUUGGAGUAUCUUCCUACCUUGACCCGGCGUACGAAAUGGUUUAAGAGGGUGAAGCCGAUAGCUGUAGGUGACAUCGUUAUAGUUUGCGACGACAACGAGAGCCGAGGCCAUUGGAAACGGGGUAUCGUAACAGAAGCAAAGCCAGCCCCAGAUGGUCAAGUUAGAUCUGUUUUAGUCAAGACGUCAACAGGAAUUUUACGGAGACCAGCGUCUAAAAUUGCAGUGCUCGACGUUGGUAGCGAUUCUCUCACCAGUGAUGCGAAUCACGGGGGGGAGGAUGUUACCGAUUAAUAAUACAAUCCCAUAUUAAAAUUGUUUUUUGUACUAAUUAGACGAAAACUGUAUUCAAAUAUUUAUGUACUAAACCUGAAUUAUCAUUUCAUACUAAAAAAUUCCUUUGUAAUAUUUUACCAAAAAAUGCAACCAUGCCUGAACUGUAAACGCCGUUGAAUUGACCGAAGCGUGCUUUAAAAGUCCAGUUGCUUACGGAAAUUCAGACGCGUACGAGGCGCGACAAUAUAUAAAAACUUCACUUCUAAGUUAACGCAAUUUAAACAACUUGUUAAACAUUAUUAAUUUCAUAAACUUUAAAUUCAUAUACUUAUAAAAUAUUUCAUGAACAAGAAAUAAAAUACAGUGAACUUAAAGUGUUGUUUAUUAUAAUUUCGGAAGCCUCGUAUUUUGAGCCAUUGUUGCUUUUGCCUGCAACAAUGUGUUUUAAAAUUACAAAAAACAAAAGUAGCCUAUGCAAUGCUUACGUUGUUUUAUCAUGCAUGUAAAUGCAAUAGAAAUAAUUUGUGGAACUUAGGAUUUCAGUUCGUUGUUGAAAUUCGCUCGUUCAUAAUCUUUUAGUCGUUCAUUCGUUCUCAAUCAUUCAUUUAAUCAUGGAUUUGUCAAGCUCUGGUGAGUAUCUGCUAUCUUAAAUUGCAGGAACGAAUAUUUAGGUAUAUUAAUUGUCAACAGAAUUUGCGACGGAAUCAACAGGAGCCAUAUGUGUGAAACUUGCUCCAAACUCUGCUGGAUUAUCUGUGGAACCAGUUAAUUCAAAUAUAUCGGAAAAUGACGAAGAGGAUGGAGAAGAGUUUUCAGCAGAAUCGUCAGAUUAUUAUAUUCCAGAAACGGAUGAAGAGGAGGAUAAUCUCGAGGGGAAAAUUGAAAAAUCUUCGGUAAAGCAACAUGAAGUGCUCUGCGAAAUCGCGGAAGAAAGCAAUGAUGAAAAUGUAGAAUUGACAGUAACACGAAAAAGAAAGCGUAAGAGCCAGCUUUGGAUGCAGAACAAAAGAAAUAGUGACAGGAGUCAAGGAAAGGCUUAUGUUACAAAGAGUGGUAAAGUAAUUAAGGAACGUUUACCGAAGCCCGCUGAUUGCAGCUGUCAUCACAACAGCCCAGAACACUUCUCUGAAGAAGAUCGUAAGAAAAUCAAUGCAGACUAUUGGAGUUUGGGUGAUUACUGCAAGCAACGUCUAUUCCUUAGUAAUAACAUAAAAGUGGAAAAGUGCAAGAGGACAUUAACGAGAGAAUCAAGGCGGUCGAACACUCUAAAAUACUUUCUAAAUGACAAACAGGUCUGUAAAAAGUUCUUUUUAAAUACUUUACACGUGUCAGACUGCGCGAUAUCUGUAUUAGCCAAAAAAAAGAAUCAAAGAGAAUUUGUUGACAUGAGGGGUAAACACGGAAUGCAAAGAAAAGUAGACGAGGAGAUAGCAACUCUUAUUAAAAAGCACAUAGAGUCAUUUCCAGCAGUAGAAAGCCACUAUACUCGAGCAAAGUCCCAACGCCUUUAUCUGAGCUCAGACCUAACAAUUACAAAAAUGUAUAACUUAUUUAAAGAACGCCACCCAGACCUCUCAGUUAAAGAACAUAUGUAUCGCCACAUAUUUUGUAACAAUUACAAUUAUUCAUUCCAUCAUCCAAAAAAAGGACACAUGCUCAACAUGCGAAAUGCUCAAAAAUACAGAGGACAAGGCUUCAAUACAGAAAUCAUAUGAUGAACACUUAGCAAAUAAAGCCCAGGCAAGACUCCACAAAGAUGCUGACAAGGAGUUAUCUAAAAAUAACAGCAAUAUAAAAGUAUUUACUUUUGACUUACAAUCAGUGCUAUUGACACCAUGUAGCAAUGUAAGCACCUUGUAUUACAGUCGAAAGUUCGCCACAUACAACAACACAUUUUACGAUUUAGCUAGUGGUUCUGGAUAUUGUUUCCUGUGGGAUGAAAACCAUGGUCACCGUGGGUCAGAGGAAAUUGGAACCACUUUAUUAAAAAUGCUGAACAAUUUACCCGAAUCAGUAAAGGAUGUUAUUCUGUAUUCAGACUGCUGUGGAAGACAGAAUAGAAACAGAUUAAUUGCCACAUUAUUGCUUCAUAUGAAUCAUUCAUUGCAUUUUAAUUCAAUAACGAUUAAAUAUCUUCAAAGUGGACACACACAAAUGGAAGCAGAUUCCAUGCAUUCGGCUAUAGAACGAGCUAAGAGAAAUAUUUGUGUAUAUUCACCAGAAGAAUGGCCAUCUAUACUUAGACUGGUAAGACGAAAAAAUCCGUACGCUGUAGAAAGGCUUAACUACAGUGAUAUUAUUGAUCUCAAAACGGCGUUCUCAAAAUUCAACCAUAACUUGAAGAAAAAUGUCAACAAUGAAUGGGUAAAUUGGCGUAAAAUUAAGGUUCUCCAAGUAAUAAAAAGUGAAAAGAGACAGUUGUUAUACAAGGAACAAUGGAACGAAGACUUCAAAGUGAUUGAUAUAGAUGGCUCGAGAAUGAAAAAGAAAGGAGUCACAAAUUUUACAUUAACUCACAAAUAUAAAAAAGAACUACCAAUUUCUGACACAAAAUUGAAGGAUCUCAAAGAUUUAUGCAAAAAAAAAUGUAAUUCCUCCUGGCUCACAGACAUUGACAGACUGUAAUUAAAACAUAAUUUUAUAGUAAUAAAAAUUCAUAUUAAAUUUACUU